CCACGUAUGGACCCCAUGGACCCCGGCGACACCGCCAUUUUGAAUAUUGCCUUAAGGGUCUUCUACUGGCUUUUCGCGUCCCUGCCGUCGCCGCUACUCGCGGUGUUGCCGGGCAAGAUGAAUGUAAUAGACCAUGUGCGGGACAUGGCAGCCGCGGGGCUCCACUCCAACGUGCGGCUUCUCAGCAGCUUGUUACUUACAAUGAGUAAUAAUAACCCUGAGUUGUUCUCCCCAUCUCAGAAGUACCAGCUUUUGGUAUAUCAUGCAGAUUCUCUCUUUCAUGAUAAGGAAUAUAGGAAUGCUGUGAGUAAGUAUACCAUGGCUUUACAGCAGAAGAAAGCCCUAAGUAAAACUUCAAAAGUGAGACCUUCAACUGGAAAUUCUGCAUCGACUCCACAAAGUCAGUGUCUUCCAUCUGAAAUUGAAGUGAAAUACAAAAUGGCUGAAUGUUAUACAAUGUUAAAACAAGAUAAAGAUGCCAUUGCUAUACUUGAUGGGAUCCCCUCAAGACAGAGAACACCCAAAAUAAAUAUGAUGCUGGCAAACCUAUAUAAGAAGGCUGGUCAGGAGCGCCCAUCAGUUACCAGCUACAAGGAAGUAUUGAGGCAGUGCCCACUAGCCCUGGAUGCCAUUCUUGGUUUGCUGUCCCUUUCUGUAAAAGGUGCAGAGGUGGCAUCGAUGACAAUGAACGUGAUCCAGACCGUACCUAACUUGGACUGGCUGUCUGUGUGGAUUAAGGCAUAUGCCUUUGUGCACACUGGUGACAACACAAGGGCAAUCAACACCAUCUGUUCACUAGAGAAAAAGUCCUUGUUGCGAGAUAAUGUGGACUUGCUGGGAAGCUUAGCAGAUCUGUACUUCAGAGCUGGAGACAAUAAGAACUCUCUCCUCAAGUUUGAGCAGGCUCAGAUGCUGGACCCUUACCUGAUAAAAGGAAUGGAUGUGUAUGGCUACCUCCUGGCACGAGAAGGGCGGCUGGAGGACGUGGAGAACCUCGGCUGCCGCCUUUUCAAUAUUUCUGAUCAGCAUGCAGAGCCCUGGGUGGUCUCUGGGUGUCAUAGCUUCUAUAGCAAACGCUACUCCCGGGCCCUCUACUUAGGAGCCAAGGCGAUUCAGCUGAAUAGUAACAGUGUUCAAGCCUUGCUACUGAAAGGAGCAGCACUGAGGAACAUGGGCAGAGUCCAAGAAGCAAUAAUCCAUUUUCGAGAGGCCAUAAGGCUUGCACCUUGUCGCUUAGAUUGUUACGAAGGUCUCAUCGAGUGUUACUUAGCAUCUAACAGUAUUCGAGAAGCAAUGGUAAUGGCAAACAAUGUUUACAAAACUCUAGGUGCCAAUGCACAGACUCUUACUCUUCUAGCCACUGUUUGUCUGGAAGACCCAGUCACACAAGAGAAAGCCAAAACUCUGUUAGAUAAAGCCCUGACCCAGAGGCCGGACUACAUUAAGGCUGUGGUGAAAAAAGCAGAACUACUUAGCAGAGAACAGAAAUAUGAAGAUGGAAUUGCUUUGCUGAGAAAUGCACUGGCUAACCAGAGUGACUGUGUCCUGCACCGCAUCCUAGGAGAUUUCCUCGUAGCUGUCAAUGAGUAUCAGGAAGCAAUGGACCAGUAUAGUAUAGCACUAAGUUUGGACCCCAAUGACCAGAAGUCUCUAGAGGGGAUGCAGAAGAUGGAGAAGGAGGAGAGUCCCACGGAUGCCACUCAGGAGGAGGAUGUGGACGACAUGGAAGGGAGUGGGGAAGAAGGGGACCUGGAGGGCAGCGACAGUGAGGCGGCCCAGUGGGCCGACCAGGAGCAGUGGUUUGGCAUGCAGUGAGGGACGCAGCCACCUCUCCCAGUGCUCCUUGGACCUGAGCUCUGGCUGGGACUUCAUGUGACCACUAAAUGAGCCCAGCCAGCCUUCCACGUACCUCCAUCCUUCCCUGCUUCCCAGAGAGGACGGAGGAGACCCCGAGUCCGCAGCCUCUUGGGCCUGCAGGAAGGGGCCUUUGAUACGCCAGCUGCCGCAUCCAAAAGCUCGAGGACUAAAUGGGGACUUGUGUUUGACCUAGAUGGGUUUGAAGGAAUGGCCCACUCUCCCCACAAGGCUGGAGGCUGGCCUGUUCCCAGAAGUCAUCUUUCUGGUCUGUCCCCUACUGACCGGCCUGCCCUGGUAACAAUGCCUUAAGCCAAUGAAGUUUUCCUCUCUGCCAUGGCUGGCGCCUCGCCUCGGUCUGGGCCAUCUUGAGAAGUAGGCGUGACAGGAGUGUGACCAGGAUGCACGGGUAGCUGCUAAUAAACUGGUUUGUGCAGUCACUGUGUGUGGGGGAGCCUUUUAGAAACCUUUGCUGUCCUCUUAGAAUGUGGUGGUCUGGCCCCAGAAUUAUUUGCCCUGGAUUCCCUUUCUCUGAGUGUUGGGAGCCCUGGGGAUUGAGAACCUCAGGUAGCCAUGCACUGGUUCGUCCGUUUGGUUUGGGGAGGUGAAUUUCCCCAGGCCUCAAGUCUCUGGCCAGAUCCCUCAUGCAGCUGCUCAGCUCCUUCCCUGGGCCGAGCUGGGCAUGUGGAUCAGCAUCAGUCCUGGGCGUCCCCUGCAGUGGGUGCUGCAACUGUGCUGGGUGCUGGGUGUUGGGAGACUGUCACCGCCCUUGCCCUGCAGUUGGUGGUGAAGGAAAAGGAUGUCAAAGCCAACCCCAAGUUUUCAUUAAACAAUGAAUCAAAGGUGCUGUAAAAUGUGAAUUUGAUGGUAAGGGAAAACGACACCCAGUGGGCAGUGGCUUAGGAGCUUAGAACAUCUCAUAACUGCAGUUUAUAAUGACAGUUACGUGAGUCUUUUCGUGUGAGGCCCAAAGCCUGUGCAGCAUUGCUUGGUCUGAGCAGGAGCCUAGCAGGCGUCUGGGUCACACCAAGUGCAGUGUGGCCGGGAAGAGACUGUCCAUUGGCCGGAUGCCCAUUCCUGGUGCCACCUCACAGGCUUCCUCAGCUCCACCACAGGCCUUGCUUUGACAGAAGACAAAACCUUACUUCCCCUACUCUGGAGGGAGCUCUGACCUGCAGGUCAGGAUGUACCCCUGGCCUCUCUUUCCUCAGCGUAUCCCUCGGCUCUGCUGGAGCCCUUGGUUCAGUGUGGCCUGUGUGUCCCCGAAGCUCUGGGCUGGGUUGCCCAGGCCCCUUCCUCUUCACACAGUCUCCGAGGACCAGGAAGCACCCCCCUUCAGCUGUUCCUUAAGCAGCUGCUGGGAAACCAGGCUGCCCGAGUAGUGGGUCAUGCAGAUACCUGAUGGUGUCCCAAGUGUCGUCCUCCAUCUCCCACCCAGCUCAGACCAGAGGGGCUCCAGGUGCUUGGCUGUGCAGCCUCCUGGGCUGAGGCUUCUGUGAGCCCAGGAAACGUUAUUCAGCAGGGCGCCCUCUGAGCACCAUCCCAGCUGGGAGAGCCGGCUGCUGGGGGCUGGGGCUGGCAUUCCCUGAAGUCCUUUCUGCUGGGGUCCCGGCUGAGCAGGAAGCCAGACCCAGAGUCAGGGUGCUUCCUGCCCUUUGGUGUGGACUUCCCGUUCCCCACGCUGAGCUUGUGCUGAGUGCUGAGGACCUGCCCCUGAGAGCUUUGGGAGGGUUGCACUCCUGCUUCUAGAUGUUUCCUCAAGAUGAGGCCAGCUUCUGGCCAAAUCUAAUCAUUAAACUUAAGAGUACUUCUCAGUGGGCUGGGGAUUUAGCUCAGUGGUUCCACUGCCUGCUUUGCAAGCGCAAGGACCUGAGUUCCAUCCCCAGAAAAAAGGAAAAAAAAAAAAAAAAGAGUACUCAGUGAUACCACUUUCCAGCACCAAACCCUAAAUUCAACCUAGGGUCAGGCUCUGGGACCCUGGGAUCUGCAUCUUCAGUCACUUCCCACCCUGAUUUCCUGUUCUCUGCAGGUCUUUCUGGACCAGAUACUGAGAUGCCUGCAGGGCCAGCCCAAACGUGGCUGCUCAAGGGUUCCAGGAGCCACAGGCCUGACCUUGGAGGCUCCUGGCAGCUCCACUCUGCAGCUGCCUGUGGCUCCUGGCUCUCAGCCUGCACUGGCUCAGCCGAGGCAGGCUGGGGCCCGUGUGGAACCACUUCCUGAGAUCGGGUGGGCCUCUCUACCCAUGACCAUCCUUGGGGCUCCUGCUCAGGCCUGCCAGGCCGGGGCUGCAUUACCCACUGAUGACAGGCAGCAAGGCCAGACUGGACAUGCACAGGAAGGCUGCUGAG